UUCACUGUAAGCUCUGGAUCGUCAUUUUAACAGUAAAAGCUCACCCUCGAACGAUCUAUCUGCGAAUUACCACAAAGAUUGAUUGAACAAUUACUAUUUGACAAGCACUUCUCCUGCGUACCGUGUAGGACAAAGCAAGACCCCGACGGUCUGGAUCAUCCAAAGCCUCAAUCCUACAUUCCUUCGUUGGGACACUAAGUCCGGCAGUAAUUGGGCUCCAACUGUCGUCGCACAAACUGAUCGACCUCUUUCAGCCAUCUCUGACUAUCGUUGCUGAAUGUUGGUGUUGUGCAAAGGAUCCCCAAAUUCGUUUUGUCCUGGUAUGACUAGCUUCAAUCACCGAAAGGAAGCUUCCCAACAAUCCAAUAUCGUUGAAGGAUCCAGCAUCCAUCGGCUGUCACCGACGUCCAGCAGGGAACUGAAGGAUACCUUGGCCGUCAGCGAUCGAGAGAUGCUCUCCUUUUCUAGCGGAGGAGGAGACGACGGAGAGCCGCUCGAAAGCUCCGAAGAGGCGAAGCUCGACGGUGAAGCCUUGCUUGUUUUGAAACGAAAGCGGAAUGCCUUUCACUCGCGGAAGAAGCGCCAACGAAAAAAGGACUUCGUGAAGAGGCUCCAGGCUUGCUACGGUCGUAUUUUUUCUGAGAAUAAUCGACUGAAAGAGGAACAAAAGUUUCUGGAGGUCAGACUUAGCGAAUCUUUAAGGAUUAUCGGCAACUACGAAAUGGCGAAAGCAUGUUCAUCGUUGGAUAACUCAAGGCUUGCUGCCCAACUUCAGCAUUCGUCCUCGAAGCGAUCACUUGUCACGGGGCCAACAGACUAUCUGGAAAGAUCACUUCUUGCCCAAAGAGAAGCGGAAAGAACUCGUUCGGCUUUGUCAAGCAUCGCGCUUCGGGGGAACGGCGCAUACGUUGGCGGGCAUACCAACGGGAAUUUGGCACGGCCGACCAUACCCGAUCAUGUCACAUUUCACAGACAGCCUGUAGAAUCUUCGCACCGCGCCAGCUUGAUUGACCUGGCCCUUUCAAACCGCGCUGUUCAGCAAAAUUUGGUCCGCAAAGCACUGUAUGGAACCCAGGAUUUAAACCAGCUCUCGCUUUCUCGUGUCCCUGUACAUCUUAGCCUACCCAUUUACUCCACAACCAAUGAGUAUAGUUCUCCUCAACGGCUCACCUUACUGGAGCAGGAGCUCAACCGACAAGAACGCAUGAAUUCGGCUGUCUUUCAACAACAAAAUCUCUUACAUCAGCAAGCUUACUCGACUGCGAGGGCAGGCCUGGGUAGUCUUCCCUCUUUGGCGUCAUUUGACUAUUCACGCCUUCCAAUGGCAUCGCUUCUUGAUGGUCAGACUCUGGGAUCGAGGAGAGAGCUAUCAAAUAUGUCAGCCCCUGCAGGUCCCAAUAACCCUGCAGACGCGUUGGUUUUUCGGGAGCAGAUGCUACAAGGCCAGAUACAGGCGCCAGUUCCGUCACCACUGACAAAGAAACCACGACUUAGUUAA